AGAGAGGGACUUUUUUGUGGAGCUUUGGGAUGUUUGUGGGCAUGAACGCUACAAAGACUGCAGAUCUCUUUUUUAUUCACAAGUAAAUGAGAAUGGGAGGUGGAGUGCGCUCAUAUCAAGCUCGGAAGGGAGACAAGUUAGUCGCCAUGUGAGUCGAAGUGUUAUAAACAAAACUCAACCCAAUGCAAACAUUUUGUCCAUUGCGUAGGUUUGCCAUUAAUAAAAUACCGCAAAUACGUUUUCAAAUGAAUGGUUUGGCCAUGGGUUUGCAGACUCCUUCUCAACGUUGUACCUGGUAGUCGAAAAAUUUCGCGCUAGAAUAUGCUUUGGAAUACCUUAUCACGGUUCGACACGAUUGAUGAUGGAAACCCAUGAAGUCUUACAACCUCUUUAAAAAUAGGGCAACUACUGUGUAACCCGAGAAAGGAUGUGUUAAAGAGAAUGAAAUAGGCGUAUUUAGUCCACCAUUACCUGCAUUUCCUUAUGACUAUCCUAGGUGGGACACCCCUCCUGUUACCCUAGAUGUUCCUAGUACAUUUUCAUCUCAUGGAUUUCCUCAGUAUGAUAAAUUCUUAAGGAGUGCAAAGUUGUAUCUUUUUUCGGAUUGCUUCCUCUUACCAUUGGAAGUCUGGAACUACUCGAGCCAGAAGAAGCCAGAGUAGGAACAACUCUACUGAAGCAAAAGCACUGCCCGGGACCUUCACUUAGCAUACUACCACGUCCCCCAUAGGGAAGGAUGCCAUAUGACCCCGCAUGAUAAGAUGUGAAUGUUUCUUAAGAAAAAGAAUUAAUCACGCCAAGGGGAAUCCGUAUGGUGAAAAUGUGCUAGGGAUAUCUAGAGUGUUAGGAGGGGUCUACCACCUAGGAUGAUCAUAAGGAAAUGCAGAACCCCUUGGUUGUGGUAGUCAUAGAUGAGAUACAUGCCUCUUUGUUGUUCAAAGUCUCUCUCAGCUGAGGCAUAAUCCCUUUCCGCCGAUUCAUACCUCAUUUGAGUCAUGCCUACAUGGAGACGAUCAAUGGACUCAAGUAGAUCGACAUUCGAUGGGUGGGGUGGAAUAGGACGGUGUCAGCCGGUGGUCUAGGGAGAACCGGUGCACAGAGGUAACAAUCAAAGUUUUCUGCAGUGGAAGGCAGAAGAUGGUGGAGGAUGAAACGACGGUUGUUUUCCACCAUAUUUGGCCAUUAAUCUCUUCAAGCCAUUUCGAUCUAGCGAGGUGGUCCUUAGUGAUGAGGUAGUCAGGGUAUGAAUCAGGUGGAGUAAGGCCAAGGUUUAGGCAAGCCUCGAUGUGGGAAACUAAAUGUCCUAUGGUAAAGUGUAGUCCAAACCCUCACAAAGACUCUAAUGGCGUGGUGAUAAAUCAAAGUUGCUUUCAAACCAGCUGCAGUCCUUGCAUUUAAAGUGUAGGGCAAAACCCUCACAAAGAUUCUAAUGGUGGGGUGAUAAAUCAAAGUUGCUUCUUUCAAAAUGCAUAUUGAUUUGAAUAAAAUGCAGAAAAGCUUGAUCACUGACUUAUGGCUGCAUGUAGCUUAUUUAUUCUCUUAUUUUGUACAAUUGUUCCCGCCGUAGCUCUACUUUACUGUAGCUCAUCGUGCUUGUGCGUUGUAACCAUUAAUAAGUUUAGAUUUGAAAGGAAUUCAAAUAGUUCUGCUUUUGUGGCCAUUUUUAUUGCCAACUAUUUCCAAUCUCCAAUGUGUUUAACCGAAGGUAUUAUUUUUGUAUAUGAUGUCACCCAAAAGAGAACUAAAUUAAACCUUCAAAAAUGGGCUGCUGAGGUUGCUGCAAGUGGGACAUUCUCGGCUCCUCUAGCCUCCGGUGGCCCUUUUGGGCUUCCUGUUCCCUAUAUUGUAAUCAGCAACAAGGCAGAUAUUGCAGCAAAGGAGAGUGAAAUAGGCAGCAGUGGUAAUCUUGUUGAUGCAGCUAGACAAUGGGUUGAGAAGCAAGGUCUGCUAUCAUCGAGUGAGGACCUUCCCCUGACUGCAAGCUUUCCUGGAAAUUCAGCUCUUGUUGCGGCUGCGAAGGAGGCGAGAUUUGACAAAGAAGCUGUGAUGAAGUUUUUUCAUUUGCUGAUUAGGAGGAGAUAUUUUGCUGAUGCAGUACCUGCACCUUCUUCUUGGUCUUUAGCAUCUCAACGACCUAGACAGCAUUCUACUGAUAUAUUGAUUGAUGAUGAUCCUUUGCACCCAUCUACGAGCAGGUUGAGUGGCAAUAUGUACCACAAUAUUCAUCCUCCCCUUCCAGCUCAACGUAAUCUUCCACCCCCUCCGACUUUGUACCCGCAGCAGCCAGUGUCAAUUUCGGAAAACUACAGCUUCCCAAGAAUUUAUCAAAAUGUUUCGUCAGAGUACACUUAUUCCAAAUCUAAGCGGACUGAUAUUGAUGUUUGACUAUUGAUGAGUGACGGAAGUAGUGAUCAGCAGGCAGCUUGGACGUCUUCCUGGUUUCAUUUAGACUACUUCAAUCAAAAUUGUUGGUUGUUUAGCAUGUUUUCUCUCAUAUCGAAACCUUAUCGAAUCUUUUGUGAAUAGUUUUUUUUCAACAAAUUGGCUGCUGAUAGAUUCACGAAGCGAGUAGAAGAUAGAUGGGGCAACAGUUAUUCUUUCUUUGAGCCUUAAGUUGGUGUUUGUAUAUGUCUUUAACACAAAUAUAGGUUAAUGAAGAUCAAGCUUUAUUGAA